AUGGAAGCGCCCGCUGCUGCUGCAGGCGUCGAUGCUGCGCCCUUGGCUGCUGCAGAUACCAGUGCGAAUGUCUCUGCACAGUCUGGCUACAUGCCGCCUGAGGCUGAGAGGCCACACCUGGAAGCGCAGAAAGGCGAAGAGGACAGCAGGCCCGCGGCGGAGGUGCAGGGAUCGCAGAGAGCAGUCGCUCUCGAGCCGCUCCGUGCAAUGAUCAACGACGUCGAGCGUCCUACUGCAGAGAGCUUGGCUGUGUCUGCGAAUGAUGACCUUGAAGUCUUGGGGCAUCAAGAACCGCAGCGUGUCCUCGGAGCGGAGCAGAUGCCAGCUGAGAAGGCGGAAGAGGUUGAUGCUGCCGCGAUUGCUGCCACGGAGGAGAAGCAGCAGCAGCUACGCGGCACUGACGAGAUUGACGCUGGUACGGCUGUGGCGAUGCAAGUGGAUGAGCAUCAAAUUGCACCAAUACCCGAUGCCGAGACCGAAAGAGACGGCGAGGGGGUCGCCUCUUUGAAUGUCGUGCACGCCCUGCCGAUCGAGGAGAGUGUGGAUGCAAAAGUCGAGGCGGAGGCUGAAGUUGGAGCUGCAACGCCCACUGGACCCGUCGACGACACGCCAAUCGUUCCGCCCAGCGCUGAUCCAAGUGAGUGAGCAGGUCAAUCUAGACGCGAAGAGAAGACUCCCAGCGUCAUGCCUGUUCUCCAAGAUCGCCUUUUGCGCAAGCCGCUGAUGAGCGGUCUUCGUAACGCUCAUGCACCCCCGCACAGGAACCGACAGGCAGGUGGAAAACGAAUUGGACGAAGCAGUCGAAGCAAAAGUCAAUCAAUUGAAUCACAGCGAAUCUGCUCUGCUCGAGCCUCAAGCGCCUUAUGCGCCCGUCGAGACACCCAUCAGCGACAUCAUCUAUCACUUUUUGCGCUACUGCGCAGAGAGACACAAGGUGUGGCACCGUAAAGAGGUGCUGAAGCAGGACAAACCUUGGACCGACGAUCCCAUCAUACCAGAGGGACGUUACGGAAACGUGUUUAGACAGGUGAGAAGCGGCUUUCUUUUGCGCGCCGCCAGCUAGACAUGCCCCGACUCACCCUCGCUCCAUUUUGGGCCCCCCUCGAAUACAGCUCGACCGCGGAAGCAUCGCGAUGCAGCAAGACGUGAUCAGCAAGGGAGACCAGUCGCACGAACAGAUUUGCUUUAGGAUCUUCUUGAACAAUGCGUUUUGCAAUCGCCGUACCUGGAACAGGUGGGAGGUGGAGCUGGACGAGGUGCCGUCGCUGAAGAAUUUCGAUGUCAAGCGAUACUCUCAGAUACUGGAUCCCAUCGUUGCGCGAGGAGACAUCAUCUACUCUAGCGAGUUUCAAAUGGUUCCACCGCGUCACUUCUUUGGCGCUACUAGCAGCACGAUGAGCGGCCACACUGCUUCGCUGAAGAUGGUGCAAGUCAUGCUGGAAGUGGACCUGGCCGGUAGGCUACAAGAGUGCAAGUACCUCUGCGACGCGUCGGCUUUGGUGCAGAGCAUCCCGGGCAUGGGUGGCUUCCUCUCCAUGAACCUCGUCAUGGACCUCAUCAAAUCCCCCACGCUCAAGUUGGCAGCUAGAGACUUUGCUUCUUGCGGUCCGGGAUCGCGCGAGGGUCUGCGAAGAAUCUUUGGACCUGCCAUCAAUAGCACCACCAUGGACAAUGCUGCGCUGCGAUGGUUGGAACGCAACCAGUGGAAGUAUUGGGCUCGACUGGGUGAAGCGCCGCCUCAUGCGCCCGGCUUGCGACCUGGCCUGCGAGUAUUGGAUUUCGAGAAUGCUCUUUGUGAGUUUUUCCUGUUGCUGCCAUCGAGUUUUUUUUUGCCGCUGAUUACGCCGCACGCGCGCGCGCGCGACUCUAGGUUGGCACCAUCGAUACCUGCGCGUGCAAACGUCCAAGGGUAUACCCAUUCAGGCACCGCCAGAUUUCGACGCAGCUGUGACGGAUGCUGUGGUGGCGCCCGAAUGGCCGGCAGAUAGCGAGGAGAAUAUUUUGCCGCCACCUGCGCCGGAAGAAGACGCGUACGAGGUGGAGAAGGUGGCCGACUCGAAGGGCAACAAGUAUCGCGUCAGGUGGGUCGGCUAUCCGCCCGAGGACGAUACGUGGGAGCCGGAGCACAGCUUGAUGAAUGGAGCGCAAGAGGCGCUGCAAGAUUGGACCAAUUGGCAAAUGUUGAUCCAGCAAAAGAUGGUGGAGAUUGCGAAGCGCAAAACUCCUGGCUUAAAGGUGGUGAGCAAGGGACAAGGCGUUUUGGGGCCCAAUCGAUCCACUGCGGCUCGAGCGAGUGGAAGAAAGCAGGUGGCUAGACGUCAUUCGCAAGCGAAAGCUUCGCCUGUUGCUAGCCCGCGAAAGGGCAAGUCUUCGACUGGUCGAGCGGUCGCUUCGCCGGCAAAGGGUAGGGCAUCGGCAGCUUCGACUCCUACGUCUGCGCGUCGAUCGGUUGCGAAUCAUACGCCCAGAUCCGCCAAGAAUGGCGGCGGCAGCGCUUCGAAAGCUUCGACGACAUCGACAUUGGCAUCGUCGGUGUCCAAGAAGCGCAAAGCUGCACCUGCUGCUGCUGCUGCUGCCAAAUGA